AUGUCCGACUAUGAAGAUGAUAUGGACAUCGAUGCCCCGCCAGCCCGUGACACGGCCGCGUUUACUGCAGACCCUACAGACGUGAAAGGGAAGAGAAUUGUUGCUGAUUUACCGAUUGAAGCGGGAGAUAAUCUUCCCUGGGUUGAGAAAUAUCGCCCGGAUACGCUCGACGACGUCUCUGGACACCAAGAUAUCAUAGCGACGAUAAACAGAUUUGUCGAAUCAAACAGACUCCCUCAUCUUCUGCUCUAUGGCCCUCCAGGAACCGGAAAGACUUCCACAAUCCUCGCGCUGGCGCGGCGGAUUUAUGGGUCAAAAAACAUGCGCCAGAUGGUUUUAGAACUCAACGCAAGUGACGAUAGAGGAAUCGAUGUAGUGAGGGAACAGAUCAAAACCUUUGCAAGCACAAAGCAAAUAUUUUCAACAGCUCCUUCUUCCGGAUCUGGCCUGGGGGCAUUCAAGUUGAUUAUUCUUGAUGAGGCAGAUGCGAUGACCUCCGCAGCUCAGAUGGCACUACGUCGAAUUAUGGAAAAGUACACGGCCAACACCCGAUUUUGUAUUAUUGCAAACUACACACACAAGCUUUCGCCUGCACUCCUUUCUCGAUGCACGCGGUUCCGAUUUAGUCCGUUGAAGGAGCAGGAUAUCAAAAGACUAGUUGAUACCGUGAUAGAAAAGGAGCAAGUGCAGAUACAGCCAGAUGCCAUUGACAGUCUGGUUAAGUUGAGCAAGGGAGAUAUGAGACGAGCUCUCAAUGUUCUUCAAGCCUGUCACGCGAGUAGUAUGCCGCUUCCUUCAAAAAAGGGUGAUACUAGUGAACAGCCGCAGGACAGGGAAACUAUAACUGAAGAAACGAUAUACACAUGCAUCGCUGCACCGCACCCAGCUGACAUCAAAAUGAUUCUCGAAACCUUACUGUCAACGUCAGAUGUGACUUCGUGUUUAAAUACCGUACAAACCCUCAAGUCUAAUAAAGGCCUAGCAUUGGCUGAUAUAAUCUCCGCACUGUCGACGGAACUUCAAAGUCUAGAGGUCCCUGCUCAAGUCAGGGUUUCCUGGAUAGAAGGACUAGCAGAUGUGGAAUGGAGACUGUCAGGGGGCGGGAGUGAGUCUAUACAGACGGGCGGUAUGAUUGGUGUUAUACGCUCUGGCUGCGAGCUAAUGAGCGAUAAAGAUAUAUUAAUGAAAGAAUAG